CGAAGGCAGCGGACGCGUCGUGGUCUUCACAUUGUUUGUGAGAGGGAAAUGCAAAUGCCAGAAAGCCAAUAUUGAUCGCGAGCCGAGAGAAAAGAAAAGUGCGAGAGACGACGGACGUGUUUGGAAAAUCGAAUUGAAUUUUGUACGGCAAAGUCAGCGGAAAUCGCAACAACGGUAAUUCGUGUGUGUGCACAGUGUGGUGUCUUUGUUUCCUUCUCUCUCUCGCGCUGUGAGUGCCUGUGUGAACUUUAUUGAUUCUCAAAAACAAACUCAAAUAGCGGAGUAUUCAGCCAAGGAUAUCAUCGGCUAUUCAGGCAGCUUGCGGCCAAUCGAAAUGGGAGGCAGUCGCAGCUUCGCGUUGCUUCUCCUGCUGCUGUGUGUGGCAGCAGCUUCUGCGAGCGGAGAACCAACCACGGAGACUCCCUCGGCUCUGCUGCCCCUGGAGGCGCGAAAUGCCGAUGGGUCCGGCGAGGAGGACGUCAUCUCUACCAGCUAUGUGCUCCCCAAUCAGAUUUUCAACGAGGGAAAGCCCUAUUAUCCCCGUCAGGAUCCUGUGUCCGGACAGCUGGACUUUAGUGCCAAAAAGCCUGCGGGUAUCCAGCCGGAGGCCAAUGAGGUCUUGGAUCCCAACGAGAAGAUCGUGCUGAGCGGAGCCAGUUCGCCCAACAUCCAUGAUUUCCUCAACCUGCCCGUAAAGUACUCCUCAUCGAAGUUCGUCUAUCCCCUGGUCUCCAGUUCGUACGCCAACUUGAAGUACCAGGGCAGCAACAAGAACUACAUCACCAACAAGAAGCCCACUUCCGUGGUGGCUCCAGUCACGCCACCCCCGCCCAAUUACCACAGCUCCAACUUCUUCACGGUGCCCACCACCAAGCUCACUGCAGUGACGCCUACGGCCGGGGCUUACUAUCCCGGCAGCAGCUCCACUACGUCCACAACUACUACAACAACUACAACGACAACCACUCGGGGAACUCUGCCGCCCUCGAGGAGACCGGUGAGCACCACCACGACCACAACUGCAGAGCCAACGAGUCCCGCGGCCAAGUAUACCACUACCUCGCGCCGGCCUAUUCCAGUGCACACGGCCUCCACGACGCCCCAACCGCCGCGUACCAGUACCACCCGCAGGAAGUUUGUGCCCACCAAGAAGUACAGCCCCACCGUACCCAGCUCUACGGCCAGGCCCCUGCUCACCCAGGAGGAGCAGCGUCCAUUGAAGACACCUCAGUCUCCCCGGCCCACUCCUAGCAGCAGCGAUGUUGCCUUUACCACCCACCACGCCACGCCGCAGGCCGCCAUCUUUCCUACAGAGCCAGCCACAACCACCAAGAUGUACACCACCUCAAGCACGAGCCCGCCAGUGGUUUUCACCGAAGGUCCGACGCCGCCGCCCGCUUUUAGUCCCAUUCCUGGAGCUGGAACUGGUAUUCACAACCUGGAUCCAGCGGAUGUUUACCACACGCUGGGCCAAAAGAACACGCAGGCCGAGGAGCAGCAACUGGAGAAGCAGCAGCAGCAGCUGCAGCAUCAACAGCAACUGUUGCAACAGCAGCAAUAUCAAGAGCAGCAGCAGCAGCAGCAAUACCAGCAGCAACAAUACCAGCAGCAACUAGAGAAGCAGCAACUGGAAAAGCAGAAGCACCCAUACCAGCAGCAACUGGAAAAACAGCAGCAUGAGCAGCAGCAACAUCAUCAGCAGCAGCCCCUGCCCCAGCCUCAGCCCCCCAACCAGCCACAGCGACCGACUCCCCCCAAGCCCCCAAUGACCCUCAGCGAUAUAUUCAACAGCCUGGCCGAGGAAGAGUCCAAUGUGGCGCACAACUACCAGCAGAACCAGGGAUUCGAUGCCCAGGGCAACCUCAUUGAGCCUAUUGCUCCCUCCAAGCCAUCCCCCUUCGCCAUGCAGCAGCCAGGAUCACAACAGCAGCAGCAGCGACCAGCUAAUGCCAACGACCAGAAGGUGAUCUCCGGCAGUCAGGAGAACUACAGCAACGAGUACGUGUCCUACCAGGUGCAGCAGCCCAACGUGAUGCAGUACCGACCAGCGCCGGGCAAGAUCAACAACGUGGUCAUAUCUCCGGGCCAGCAGUCGGCCUCCUUUGUGCUCGGCAGCCAGGUGCAGCAGGUGAGCGUGGGCCACCCAAGCGUGGAGAAGGAGACGAUGUUUGCCAAGGACACGCCGGGUGUGCAGUACGGUCAGGUGAUCAACGAGGACAUCGGCAACAUCAAGCGCCCUAUCAAGGAGCCAGCGGUGCCCACCAGCUACCAGCAGAUGCCGAGUCUGCAGCAGAACUCCAACUUCCAUCAGAACGGUAAUGCUGGCACACCAGGAACACCUGGAGCUGCUUCCUACCAAGAGCCACCGCCGGAGGCUCCCAGUCCGUACCAGCAGCUGCCCCUGAUCGGCUCCAACAAGCGGCCAUCCAAGAAGCCUGCGGCCAAGCCGGAACCGAUCAACCAGGCUUAUCCACCUCCGCCUCCCCCGACGCCACAUCAGCCUCAGACUACGCCGCCGGCAGUGGACGCACACGUAGAUGAAACCAAGGAGCUCCUGGUCUCCACAAACAUUCGGUUUCCCGCCCAGGGUGAAGAGUCCGUGGAGCUAUCCUCCUCAGCUGUGAUGCCAGGCCCGCCGGCUGGACCACACAUCAAUGGCCAUGCCCAGCCUCUCAGCCUGCAGCAGAUCCAGAACUCCAAUCCAGUUGUUUUCCCCAAGGUCAAGGAUGAAGCAGCUCCCGGCAGCGUGCAGAUACAGCAGCAUGAAGUGCUCAACCUGAGUCAGCAGAAACCACCAUUGAAAUUCCCUGCUCAGCAACCUGGGCUUGGCGAGCUGCCUUCCCGCGACAUGGAGCCUCCGCCACGAUACCCAACCACGCAGCAAGUGCCCCAAGCACCACCCACUCCAGGCAAGCGACCUCCAGCAGCCUUCUACAACGAGUUUAACCGGAAGCCCCAGAACCGUCCGCGUCCCAGCAACCUGCCCAACAUUCUGCCGCAGUUCCGACCGAACGCUAAAAUCUCCAGCGGUCAUCCGCCGGCGUUGAAGCAGGAAGCAGGCAACAUCCGGCUGCCCCAGCAGGGUGGUCCUAAGCGUCCUUACAAUCCCUCCGUGCCGCCACAGUUUGCCCAUCGUCGCCAGCCCCUGCACCAGCAGCAGCUGCAGCAGCAGAUGCUGCAGAAGAGAUAUCCCAUGAACCGCAUCUCGGAGUAUCCCGUAGGACCUAGUCCGGGGGGAGAUUUGAACAGAAGGGUCUACAGGCUGCCCCCAUACGGAGGCCAGAACGUGCCCUACCUUCCUGACCACAUGUAUCCUCGCCGACCUCACGGUCCUGGUCCACUGAGAUCCGUUGAUGGUUAUCCCGCCGAGCGCCACGCUCCUUCGGCAGGCGGAGAGCCCUACAAGACCAUAGACGCUGAAGCAGCAGCUGAUUUCGAGGAGGAGGAUCUGGUGAUCAACGAUCCGCCACAGCCUGUGACCCCCGGCAAGGAUCGCAAGAGCGUGGAAGAGACGAAACUGGAACCCGUGGUGACGCUGCAGAUGCUGCAAUCGCAGAAGAAAGCCGUGAGUCUGCCCGGCGAUGACACGGGCGCCGGCGAAAUCCAGGUCACGGCCGACAACGAUCCACAGGAAGCGGAGGCCUCCAAGCUCAGCCAGCAGAAGUUGGACCCCAGCGGACUGUACGUCGUGUUUCCCAUGAAGGGAUCGGAGAAGGGUCAGCCGGAGGGAGAGGCACCUUCAGCGCCGGCCGAGUACCAGAACACUCCAUUCUCCGUGAUCCGCGACCAGCCGCAGGAGCCGAUCCUGAAGAACAAGAAGCCGCAGUCGCUGCAGCAGCAGAACAAGGCGCAGCAGGUGCCCAAGGAGAAGUUCCCCUAUCCCAUCGAGAAGCCAGAUCCCUCGUACUCAGAACUCAACCCAGAGUCGCAGGGUGCUGUUCCUGGAGUACUCAUCGCUCCCAGAAUCAUCACUGGAGCCCUUGGCACUGGAACGGAAACGCCCAUAGCCAUUGCAUAUACGCCCACGGAGCCGAGUCCAUAUCGUCAGGAUCAGGGCCAAAAGUUCUCCAACAUCAAUUUGGCCACGUCGGUGAUCAACGAGAUCCGUCAGGAUACCCAGACGGAGGAGGGCUUGAGCAGUGACUUUGAUCUGCGCGGCCAGAACUUCGAGAAGGACUUCAUGGCGCCCUUCUACCCCAGUUUGAGCCUGGGCGGAGCUAGUGGAGCUGCGGCCAUCAACCCGGCGGCCCCGAGUAACUGGAACAUCUUGCCCUCGACCACAGAUCAGGCAAUCUAUGAGAAGAACAACAUAAACCGGGCUGAUGUCGGGACCCCGGAUGACAAAAAAGUGGAGGAGGAGCAGCCCACUGCGAGUCCGCUGACGGCGGAGAAGAACUCUGAGCUGGACAGCUUCCAGCCACAGUUGCAGGGUGGAUUCAAGCCCAUUUAUCCACCAGGCUACAAGCACGUGGAGCAGGUGGAGCAGGAAGAGAUAGCUGGCGCCAAGAAUGCUGCCUCCAAUCAGCCACUGGCCCUGCCGCUGGUGGGCACCACAGCAAAGCCUUCCACGUCCGCUGCUCCCCUCAGUAGUAGCUCUAGCACAUCAUCUUCCACCUCAUCAACAAGCUCAACGACAUCGACGACUCAUCAACCCGGAAUAACGAAAUCGGACGGCACAACAUCAUCCACCAAGGCCCCAGUGGUCAGUACGAAGCCCACGCAACGCAAGAAAUCCAGCUUCGAGACGAGCCUGGCGGCGCUACUCUUCGGGGAUGAGGACGAGGAGGAAGGAGCCCGAAAGUCCGCCGAGCUGCCAAAGCCCCAGGCCCAGGCCGGGCCCAGGAAUGUGCCUCGCAUGGGUCCCCGGAGCCUGACGCUUAGCUAAGGCGGAGCAAGGAGAUUACCCCACACGCACCCACACUAGUUUAGUCCAAUUUAGUUUGUAUUAUUUAUUCAAAGUUCAUGAGACAGCGGGGAGACGAAUGCCCCCGCUUAGAGAGGUAGACCAUGUGGUAAUCUAGUUCUGUUCUACAGCUUAUAGUUAGUAAGCUCUCCACCCAGAUACACAGACCCACGCAGCCACCAAUGACAAUCCACAUCCCGCAAUCACAGCGACUUUUGCGAGUCUGAUUUGAAAUUUGGAAGCUUAAAACUUUCUCAUUGGACUCCCGAAUCGUCGGAAAUGAGAUAAAAGCUUUUUUGUAAUCAAUUUAACACAAGCCUAAAAAUAGUACUCUCUGUUUACCAGACUAUAUUGUACCAUAGAAAACAAUGCAAAAUAAACUUAAUUCUGAUAUA